ACACUGAGACAAUAGGUCUUUUGUACUUCUCGCACACCUCUCCUUACUAGGCCAGCAAGGUGUCAGAUUUGUUAAACCAGUGCUGAGAUUUGUUACACAUCGUGAGGAGUGCGAACAAUAGAAAUUGCAGUGGGUUGAGGCUGUUCGUGACACCUGAGCUUGUGACAUGGCACUGCCCAUAGAGAAACAAGGCCACACUAUGAAUGACCUGAUUGUAUUCUCUGCUUGACUUCCAAACUGCAUGGAUGUGUUUCUCAACCUGCAAAUGCUUGAAGAAAUUGAGGAAGAAUCUUCAAGAUUCACUUUAACGGACGCUGGUUAUCAAUAAUUGGACGACACUAGUGAGCAAGGCGCUGUGAUUUCUACUUUCCAAAAUCUAGGAUUUAUUACCAAGGGUAGAUUUUUUGUUGUCGUGUGCGAAUGUAGGCCAUCAUCAUCAUCUGUUGUGCGUCAUGUUAAAGUAGUGGCCAGAAGAACAUACAUGUAUAGAGAGAAAAAAGGUAGCUGCACGUACGAUAUUCACCGCCAGCAUUUACAGGAAAUUUAAUUUCAGAGAAUGAGAUCUGCAGAGCUGGUUUAUGACAAAGGGAAUGACAGCUGAACAAAUUGUGCCACGGAGUAGCAUCUUAAAGAUGAGGUUUCCGUUCAGCGAAAAACCGAACCUAGAUUGACUGAUGAUGAAAACUCUGCCGAGCUAAAAGACUCGGACCUGAUUAGGAACAUAAACAAAUCUACAAGGCGGAGAAUUUGUUCCCCAGUAUAAACCAAGACAAGCCAAAGAGUUGAAUCAUCGAGAAGAGCAGACAUUCACACCUAUCCAGAGCCUAAUUUGUAAUAGAUACCCUCCCUCCAGAAACUAAAAAAUCAGAACUGACUGGCUGAAGAAUUCUCAGCAUCGCCACCGCGUGGUAUAUUGUUGCACUGUGUGGGGAUUGAGGUUUACAGUUUACACAGCACAUGGUGACACACAGCAAGACUCGGACCAAUCAACCCACAUCUUCCAAGACGUCUUGUGUUCCAUGAUGAUGAUGCUGCACUGAAGGAGGGCAGUCUAUCACAACCUCAAGAUGAUGGUGAAUGCACCGCCUCCAAUGGCCCAGCUGCCCCCUCCUCCGCAGUUCUCUCAUGCACCGCCCCAAACCUCUCAGAUACUCUACUGUGCCCACUGUCCGCCUAACGGUCUCAAUGGAACCUUUCCUUCAUUCUGCUCGCAGACACCGCAGAAACCAAUGCAGCAUCCGAUGCCAGCGAUGGCAGGUCAGCAUCAAAUCCAUGGGCAGAUGCCCGCCCAGGUGCCCAUGGGCCCUUACCAGCAACCUCAGUUCGCCCAAAACGGGCUAGAAUCCUACCAACAAGCGCCACAGAUCCAGCCUCAACAGUAUACCGCCACCGUUGUGCCCCAGUCACCCGCCGACGCCCCAGCAGUUUACACACAGUCACAAGAGGGCCCCGGCCAGCAACCCGUCUACAGUCAACCCCAGCCUACGGGGGAAGGGGCAGCAGUGGGAUUCGUGCAGGGGCCCCCGCCGGUCAGUGGGGAACAAGCCGGCGUCACGCCCACAUUCACCCAGGUACUGACGAGUCCUUACGGUGAGCAGCCACAGCCACAGACGUCACAAGCGCCCCCAGCGGGUGAAGUCGGCCAGGCUGCAGUGCCUGUAUUACCUGCAGCAAAGCCUGGUGAAUCACCAAAGAGGCUUCAUGUAUCAAAUAUACCAUUCAGGUUUAGGGAUCCAGACUUAAGGGUCCUUUUUGGGCCUUUCGGUCCAAUCAUAGAUGUAGAGAUCAUCUUCAAUGAACGGGGGUCAAAGGGAUUCGGGUUUGUAACUUUCCAAAAUAGUUCCGACGCCGACAGGGCACGAGAGAAAUUGAACGGCUCUAUUGUUGAGGGGCGCAAAAUUGAGGUGAACAAUGCGACAGCACGGGUCAUGACGAACAAGACGCCAAAAUCCAUUGCGGGUAGUGAAUUACUAAGCACAGUUGAACUGCCCAUUUUCCCAGCAGGAGCGUUGAGGGCACCUGCCAUAGGUAGAGGGCGAGCUACGAGGGGUGCAUACACCGCCUACCGGAUCGCAGCCCCGCCCCCAGUGCCUGGGUACACGACAGCGACUGCCAUUUAUCCAGAGGCAUUCUAUCCUGAACGAUACCAGACUGAUCUUCUCUUACAGAGUGCUGCAGCGGCUGGUUACGGAGGCUACAUCAGCCGAUAUGCGGCCACGCCCACAGCCUACGCAAUCCCCUAUGGUAGGGAGUACACGGCUGACCCCUACCACCCUACCAUCGGCCCCACGGCGACUGCGUACGGGGUAAGAUACCCCGCCUUGACAACAAGGCAAGCAGGCAUCUACAGAGGAGGCUAUGCACGCUACACGCCGUAUUAAACAAAAGAACACAGCAUUUCAAACUCAACAAAAUAAACUGUGCUGCCAACUUUACUGUAAGAGAUUCUGAACAACUCUUGUCAAAUAAUUUAAGAACAUUUUAAAACUGCCUGUUAUUUAACAAUAUGGAUUUAUGCACGUGCUGCACGGUGACCGCGACUCGAUGCAGGGGGGGUACGGUAACCCAGUCAUACAGGGUACCAGUCGUGCUCCUUCACUGGUUGCUUGACUUGUUAGUGUGUAGCAUUCACAUGAGAACGUGUGGGGGUACCAGUUGUUUCAACCAAUGGGAAAAUUCGUGCUGGACUUUUUUGUGUGCUACGAUGGUGUUCUGAGUACCAGCUAACCAGCUAUAAUUCACUGGUUGUUGGUUGUGUGAUCGGAAAAACUUUGAGUUGCUGAACUGAAAGGAAAUAACUACAAGAGAUGGAAACAUUGCGGGAAGAACGAUCGAGAUAAAAACUACAAUACUACGCAGAGGGAUUGCAAUCAGAAUGUACCAUCAUGGUUUCAGUUAAUGAAGAGUUGCAAUAUACGGGGAAGGAUGCAAGCCUCUUUUUAUUAAUUUUAAGGCUAAGAAAAUGAGCAUUCAGCACCAUGGAAGAUGUCACAUUAAUCAGUGAAAGGUUGAUGGAAAGGGUUCUUACUUGGGCAAGGAUAGGUUCUUACUUGGGCGAAGCAAUGAACACACUUUCUUAAUAAUGUAUGCCAGAAGUGGACAUUUAAAGACCAAUUUAGAAUGAUUCAAAGACCAUUCGGGAAUCUUUUCCUAUAUUCGUUUGGUGAGAAAUAGCAGAGAAAAGGAAAGGAUGUAAUGUUGGAUGAGUAAAUUGCCAAAUUUGUGAUAAAGACUCAUAAAGAAAUCAUAAAGACAAUCACACACUAAUCGAAGCACAUAAAGACAAUCAAAUUUAUUCACUUCAAUUUUAAAAAAAUUGACAACUCAAUGUCCAGUGUGCGUUCCUCUGCCAAUUCAAACCUCUCUUUUACAAUAAUGAAACACUUCAUCAAUGAAUGGCACAAAAAAAGAAGUUUUUUUGUUGUUUUUAAAGAUGUACAAAUAUCAAUUUUCUUUUAUUGGCUAAGGACAUCAUGUUCACUUGAAACAUCAUCAGUUCCUCAAGAGAGUUUGUGUCACACAAUUGUUCGUUCAGAGAAAAAGUUAAUCAAGUGAACAACUCCUCUUUUAGUUGAGAGUAAAACUAAAAUUUGUUGGUUCAUGUUGGAAAAGAAACACUCGUAAGUGGAUUCGAAACUGUCAAAACUUGUUGGUCCACCCAAAAUUUGUCUGACACAAGUCACCAUUGCAUCAGAACUUUUUUUUAAAUCAAUUGAAGAAAGUUUUCCCAUCUUUUUGAGCAUCUUGUUACAUCUCACACUGUAACACACCAAGCGUAACUCGACUAUUUUUUGCCUAAACAAAAAAAAGAUAUUCACAAAUAAACAAAAAGGCAUUUUAUAAAUCAAACAAUAUUCUUGUAGUCAGUUUUUCAAAUUAAGGCAGAGUAAAUGAAAUAUUUUGGGACAAAAGAAAAGAUGUGCUUGAACAAUUUUAUUAUUAAUGGAACAAGCGGAACUAUACUGCACUCUUCCACAUUAUGUAAGUUAAACACAGGCUUAUAGGCUUGUCAUUUUUGUACAUAAAUUACCUUAUUAAUAGUGCUCUGAUAUUUAGGUAUUACAACUUUUUAGUGGCAAUAUAUUGCUAAUCGCUAGAUUGAUCAGUUUAUUUGCAACUCGGUAUGAGGAAUUUGUUCUGUUGUUUCGUAGCAGUGUGACCAAAUCCGUCGUCCAGUCCUUUCUUCAAAACAAAUCUUGCAUGUAGUUCUUUAUCAGAUAGCUCUUUAAAAAAAAACCUUCAUUUUAUUCAGACACAUUAUUACACACGUGCUAAAUGUGGUGCUAUUAGGGUUUAAUCAAUGCUAUGUUUACGAACACAAAUAGAUAUUUAAACGUUGUGUGCUAUACCUUUUAAAAAAGCAAGGAAGGAGAUUAAUCCGCAGUUGGGAGUUCAGUUGCAAUAAGAGAGACACGGAACAGCAGUUGAGAGUGAACUAGCCAGGACACAGACCAGCAGUUGGUUGUUCAGUUAAACUGGCCACCCCAGUGAAAAUUUCAGGGACUUUCAUUCACUGAUGAUAAUGUGAAAUUCAAACCUUCAACCAUGGGUCUGCUGGGAAGGGUUACUUAGUAUAAAUUCACCGAACCAAAUUUGUAAAAAUGUUUUUUUGUUAACCUACUCUCCUCCGAACUGUUGAGAUGUCGGUCCUCGAUCUGCUCCGAACUGUUGUGAUGUUGAUCCUCUGCUGAAACUUGAACACUCCCAGGCCCAAUUCAUAGAGCUGCUUAUGCACAAAAAGUUACCCAAAGCACAACAAACUUAUGCUUACCAGAUAAAGGUUACCAGCCAAGAAGCCUCGUCACAUGUACCAUCUGUGACUGGUAUCCUGCUCACUUUUUAGUUAGCAGAAGUGUUUAGUUAGCAGAAAAUGUUUUGCUGUAAGCAGCUCCAUGAAAAGUUGGCCAGAUCUGGGCCAAUUUUAUAGAGCUACUUUAGCACAAGUAGCAAAGCAGAACAAAAGUAUGCUUACCAGAAUAGUUACUGGUGUCCUGCUUAUUUCUGCUAAGCAGAAGUUUGUUAAGCAAUUUCUUCUGCUUAAGCAUUUCUAUGAAAUUGGGCCCUGACGUUGGUACUGCCACAGUAAGGAGUAGGUUACCAUGGCAAGGGUGUAGUUGAGUUUGUUAUAGCCGUUGUCAUUUCACCGUUAUUGUAGAUCUGUCUUAACAACCGUAAAGCUAAUUAACUUGCCCACAACUAACUUUAUUAAAAAGUAAAGACACUUACAGGAGUCAUUACGUAUCUUCCGUCUUUUAUUAUUAAUGUAUAACUAUUUAUUUAUUUCUGUAAAACAAGUAAAGAUCUUAUCCGGUUACAUUGUACAGUUUGUCUUUUGCUGUAUAGUCUUCAAAUAGCACAUUAUUAAGAGAAAAAAACGUAAAAAAUUGUAAAAUAGAGAAAAGCAAAAAACAUAAGACCCUUAAUAAUGAGACAUUUAUAUUUAUUGUUCAAUAUACUGAAUUUAUUGAAAUAGUGUCUGUUAUAGCCUGUUUAGAUAAACAGAACUACUUGAGUGCAAUGGUUUGCCAGACAAAAAACUUUUCUGCCCUUUUUGGCCAACCAAAGUGUUCUAAUAAUCGUCCGUGUAUUGUUGGAUGUCGGUCUUCUAUCUGAACGACCAUGUACAGUGUGCUGUUACCUCAAAACUGGGAGGGAAAUGUUAGGUAUCUGUUUUACCUAUAACUAUCUUUCUGUGAAAUUGUUACAUUUUAAGUAGUUUUGUCAUUUUUUGCUUUCAUUAGUGAUGUUAAUGGAAACUUCUUUUUAAAAACUUAAGGUAACUCUUUUGUUUUGUGUAUUACUUUUUGUUCAGUAUUAAAACCUGCACACCUUUAUUUCUGGUAACAUCUUCAAAGACUGGGCAUCAACCACCCUACUUCCCACUACCACCAGAGUGUACUCACCCCCUCCUCCCUUCCCAUAAUUUCAUGCGGUUUGUGGCAAUAAUACAAAUGGUAAUCUUAGUUUACAUAUUCUGACAUUGAAGUAUUAUUGAUUGUGUAAAUUGAUGAAAGUGACGCCUGUAGACGGCCAGUUCUGACAGAAUUUGUAACUUUCGCCAUCGAUGAAAAUGUGGCUGUGUAAUUAUUUCGACUUCCGAAAUUUUAUUGUUUGAGUAAAGUGCUUGGGGUUUAGGAAGAUUUGUUUCAACUCGUUAAUUUACUGGACAUUAGUUUGUUUUUCUUUUUCUUUUAUUUUUUUAACCUCUCUGGUUUCAAAUUUUUGAUCUCAACUUUUGUAAAUUGCCAAAGUUCCUUCAUCUCUGCUGACAGAUUCCAAUUGUUAAAAAAAACUCAAAAUAUUUUUGAUCAACUCAAGUGGAGAAAAGACUUGACUUGGUACUUUUUGUUGUCAACUCUAAAUCCAAUAUUUUGUUCACCUUAAUGUCACCAAAACUAAGCCAAAACAUAGUCUGAUCCUUGUCUUGGUGAUGAGAAUCCAAACUCUCAUUAUCACUGUGUAAACAGGGAACCACACAAACAAUAGCUCUCAUCUUGGUUGCAUUUUGUCAACCCUACACAGCUGAGCCCAUCUCCCGCACCAGUCUUUGAAUUUGUUUCAAAUAAUCUACAAUCAUAUUUUGUGUGCUAUUCGACAAUCAUGUUUUAAGUUUUAACUGGGGAAAUGCCUUCACUUUUACAAGGCAGUAUCAUUUUGUUUUCUUCUUUGUUUUUAAAUGUCAGUUAUGACCAGCACACGAUAAUGUAUAUGUAUGAAAUAUAUGUCUUUUGUGUAUUUAAUUGUAACUUAAUAUAUGCUGCUAAAUUGCCAAAAUGCCAGGAUAUGGCAAUAGCAGCAAGUGUUAAAUAAACAGUAAAUGAACCCCAGUUGAUUUUUUAUUUUAAAGAAAAAAUCACACCUAGAAUAUUUCUCAGAAACCAUUUUAGCUCAUGUCGAACUACCAACAUUUCAUAUUGUUUUUUUUUUUUAAGACAUUUAAAAAAACUCAAGUAAGAUAUUUUUUCUGAAGUGAAACCUUGAAGCAUAAUGUAUCUUUGUUGAAAAUCUUGUCAGUUUCUAUGGUAAUCAUAUAACAGCUAGGUGUGUAUUUUUAAUUAUUGUGGGUUUUUAUUUUAAUCUAAACUGUUUUUAAGUUUAUGUACCGUUUGUUAUGCCACAUGGAACAAAAAACAAGAGUUUAAAUAAAGCAAACACACAUUUGUUCAGACUUCUACUUUGGAGGAGUCAAUGAAUCCAUUAUUUAACUAUUUUUCAUGUGUGAAUGAAACAGAACAAGAAUUUCUGAGUUAUAUUUCUUUGAUAAAUGUUUCAUUUUCAAAUAAUCUGUUUGGUACUGAGGAAAGAGUGUGACUGGUGUUCUCCCGACGUUCCUGGGCCUAGUUUCAGCCUGUAAACACUUCCUUUAGCACAGACAAAUCCUAGGUUAUUAGCCAAAAUACCAUACAGUUUACACUGUUCUGGCUGGUACCUCAUUCAUUUCUUGCUUAGCAAAGGACUUUCUGUAUAACAAAGUUGUGUUAACUGGAUUAUCUGCUUUGACAAAAGUGUUGAAGAUGAACCUGUUACCCUUCAGUUUGGUGUGCAGUCAGUUGAGCUUACUUGGGAUUCAAACCUCAAACUGCCAGGAUAUUACAUGGAUGCUCCCCCACCUACCUGACGAGUUGCUCCUUAAGGAGCUCAAACAGUGUUAUGGUGAUACCAUCAAGCAGGAGUCGAACCUUGAUAUCACCAUAACACUGUUUGAACUCAUUAAGAAGCAACUGAUGCAGGAUCUGAACCUUUGACCAUAAAGUUGUUUUAAGAAAGCUCUACCACCUGAGCUAUGCUCUCAAGCAGGAGUCAAACCUUGAGCCUUGGUAUCCACCAUACCACUGUUUGAGCUCCUUAAAGAGCAACUCCUGCAGGACUUUGACUUUGAAAUUGUUUCAUUGAUGCUCUACCACCUGUUCUAUGCUACAUCAAGCAGGUGUCGAACCUUGAACACUGGUAUAACCAUAACACUGUUUGUGCUUCUUUGAACCUUUGACCAUACUCUACCACCUGAGCUAUCUUCUUGAGCUCGAGUCAAACCGUAAACCUCUGUAUCAAUAGUGCAGCCGUCACUCAGUGACGCUCAAGGCACUUUAACAUACAGUAUUUCCUGCAAGGUAUGUGGGACUACGUUUGAGUUACGAGACUUACUCAUUUUACAUUGCACAAACUGAGAUUGUUCUCUGAUACAGGAGUCUAACCUGUUGUUUCAUUUUAACUUUACUUGUCGUCAUCUACUAUAUUUCGGCCUAGGGAAGGUUCAAAAUGUCAGAGCAAACAUCACACAGGUUGUGGAGAAACUUGACCACUAAUUGUUACCAAUUUCUUUUUUACAGAUUCAGAAUUUUCUAAGGAGUCGGCGUUCAAAAGAGGUUUUAUAAUUUAUCUUGAAAAUUCUACAAAGGAGCUGAAUUUGCUCUGGAAGUACAGAUCAAACAACUCCUGUAAUAGAAUUAUCAAGUCUUUAAUUUAUAGGUUUCCGGAUUAAUUAAAAAUUUAGGUUUAUUUGUGUUUUGAGUUGUGCCUGGGUUCUUUGGCAUCAAAUGCAUUGAAUAAAAAUACACCAAGUCUGAAAAGAAA